GUUGCAACUCGCCGCUCACGGUAGCUAUACGAGCGUCUUACAUCCAAGGCGACAUACACCGAUGCACAGAACAGGACAUCGAGCCUCACAGACACGACAUCGAAAGCUGCACGGAGAAGCUGACAAAGCAUUCUACAACGGACACGUCAUAUUCACGCUGAAUCAUGCAAGAGACUCGGGCCACUGUUGCCUGGCUACUACUGCUGCUGCUCGGACUGACGGUGCUUGAUCACGCACAAAGCCGGGCUGCCGUCGACCGCUGCCACACGCUGCCCUCCACACUACGCAUGAAGAAGCAGGUCGUCAACGAGGAAGGCAAGCAUAUUAAGACGUGCGUUGACACGGUGGCGGUGAGUAAGUGCGAGGGCAAUUGCCGCUCGCAGGAAUCGCCCAGCGUAAUGGCCACGUCCGGAUUUCUGAAGUCAUGCCGCUGCUGCCGGGAAGAGCAACUGAGUGAAAAAGUUGUUCGGCUAAGGAACUGUUACAUCCCGAUAACGGGAGAGCUCAUAAAAAGCCCGUUAGAAGUCGCCACGCACGACGUGGUCAUCUACGAGCCGACUGGGUGCAAGUGCUUCCGCUGCCUUUCAUGAAUGUGCACCGACGAUCUCGGAUCGACUAUGAAUGCGCUUUGAUAGCAGUGGCUAAUGUUGAUAAAAAUGGCGGUGAAGUGUUGACGUGCACAUAACGCGUACGCUGGCAUAUACGGGUGCGUAUACGCCCUCUAAAUGUCAGUGCACAGAACCACUGCCGUGGAGCGGUAAUAUAUAGUUUCAUAAUAAUAGUAUCCUAAUAAUAGUUUCAUAAUAAUAAUAAUAGUUUCAUAAUUUUAGCAAGAGAAAGUGCAAUUAUAUUCGACAGAGCUGUACCUGCCACAACAGAGUGACGCACGAGUACGUCAAAUGAAAUGCUUGCUCUUCGGCCUACAAGUACUCAAAACGUUUCAAUAAUAAUAUGAUGGCAAAUAAACACAAGCUUUACUACCAAAGUCUUAAUGUUUAUCUACUCUCUUUCGCCUAUUGUUACUGAUAAUUUUCGGUAAAUGCCCUUCAAAUGCUACUCUGCAACACACAAGUACACCGCAAAGUAAAAGGCUCUAAAAUGAAGAGUUGUCGAGGGGUGAACAUGGCGAAAACUUACGCGUAGAUAACGAGGUUUUGAUAUGCGAUAUUCGCAUCUCGACGUCUGCUCGAGUUUAAUAUUUAUCGUUCGCAUUCAAGAUCGCCAGACGGUAAAAAAAUGUAGAAAGCUCGCAAAAUUAUCACAUUUUCUCGUUUAUCUGACCGCCGAGCGCCCGAUGACAGCUGUUGCACUAAUAACCGCCUUAAUAUUGAUUGCAUCGCGCCGCACAUAUAUGACAUAUAUACGUCUAUAUACUAUCUAUCUAUAUAUUCUCUCUCUCUCUCUCUCUCU